AUGGAACCAACGCAAGUAAGAAAGUUGACAGUUUUUCAUUUGAAUAAAAAUAAUAUAAAAGUAUAUUCAACUCUGAGUUCAUGGCAGAAGAGAGAAUAUCAUGGGUUGCGUAGUAGUCAAGAAAAAGCCGCGCAUUUGAAAGCAAUUCGUAGUGAGACUUUGGGUAUGUUGGUUGCUAUACUUCUGGGAAAAUAUGUUCUUCCACUGUUGUAUGGGUUCAACCUUAAUGGUAUAAUUGCAUAUUUAGAUCAUGAGGCAGAAAUUAAGAAUCUACGAAAAGACCUUAUUUAG